GAGCCAGGAUCCCCUGUAGUCGUGCAAAGUACAGUACAGUAAUCAUCUGAAGUCUGUGCCGUGCGAGUGCUGUACUUUGAUACUUUCGAAGCCCAAUGAGAAAGGCUUGGCUUGCGAAAAAAGAACCUUGAAGCUUGAAAAAAAAGUUCGGGUUGGCGGGGCGCUAAAUUUCGACGUUCGCACUCUGCGCAAACGACGCGCUUGUCAAAAGAGAAAAAAAAAUUAACCCUGCUGCGACAACCUGUCAAUCCAAAGCAAUGGCGUCAGAGGCUCGCGGCGAGGCUGACAAGACCUCGACUUCUCCUGCUCCCUCGAACAAGGCUGCUGCUGCCGGCGGGAAUAGCUUCAACGACCAGCAGACGCACGUGUCUGACGCGAGAGCAGUCGCAAAUCAGCAUCACCAGGGCAAUAGUAGCGAGAUGGCAGCAUCCCAGGAACCGUCCACACAAAAGACAAACGCACUGCUGUGCGGCGUCUGCGAAAUUAAUCCUGGCAAAUACAAAUGCUCGCGAUGCCGUCUUCCUUACUGCUCUGUCCCAUGUAGCAAAGCCCACCAACAAAACCAUCCGCCAGACCCUCCGAAAGAAGAGCCCAAACCGACAAGCCUAGCCUCAAGCAAGCCGCAAACGGCGAGCGCAAACUUGCCUCCGCCUGGCCCCAUCGACCCAACAAACCCCUUCAGCGCCCUCGCAACUUCGGACAAGCUCCAGCUCCUCUUCAACAAGUAUCCCAACCUCCCAAACCAGCUCCUCGAGAUCCACGCCGCGACUCAGCCUCCGGUGGAAGCCCCAGAUGCUGCCACCAAGGCUAUACCUGCUUCCCUCAUGAAGGGCCUUCCGGCCAACAGCGGCAAGGGCACAUGGAAUCACGAUAUUGGCAUCAAGAACGGAAAGGCAGCUCUGCGAAGGGCGCGGAAAGCGAGUGGCGAAGACGGCGAGGCGAUCCGGGAGUACACUGAGCUGAUACUGCACAUCAUGAACGAGACGAGCGAGCAGAACAACGCCGCUGCGUUUGUGCAGCGACAGGUUGCUGAACAAGAUACGGCCCUCAUCGAGCGUCUACUUGCUGAAGAUAGGCGUCGCGGAUAAGCUACUGGAGAGGGAGAGCGAAAAUACGAAGAAAGAAAGAAAACUUGACGACUACAGGCCUGGACGGCCUCUAUGGCUUUUGGGGUAUAAUAAUGGUUCACGAUAAGACUUUGCCGCAGCAUAUACUGGCUCGCUUCCCCUACCUCCUUUCUCACGAUGGCUCAUCAUCCCUCCUAAAAAUCGAUGUAUAAAUUCCCCCCUUUCCCUAUAUUAUGCAUUACAUCAUCCUCAUCGUUAAGUCAUCCCAUCAGAUCAUCCAAGAGCCCUCCUGUCUUCGUCGUGGGAGACUUUGGUGUCUCGGUGAGGGGCUCGGUGUCUUUCUCCUCGGUUGGCGAAGAGAGCUUGU